UGAGAUUGUGGAAAUUUCCUAUGCAGCGUCUUUCAGAUAUUUUGAAGGUAAAUGGAUGUAUUCAGGAACUCCAACUAAACAGUUCAGGUAUUGGAGAUGAGGGUGCAAGGGUUAUUGCAGAUAUGCUGAAAGAAAAUCAAACUUUACGUGUACUGGAACUUAACAAUAAUAUGAUUGAAUAUUCUGGUUUUGCAAGUCUUGCUGGAGCACUAGUUGAGAAUAAGGCAAUUCGAUCUAUACAUCUCAAGCUAAUAAGACUUACACACACUUAGAUUUUCUAUCCAUGCAGUUCUUUCUUGCAGAUUUAAUUUCUUCAUCAGAUCUGUUGGCUUUCCAGUAUUUAUUGAUUGUACUACUUCUCAGCAAUUAUGUAAAACUAUAUUUCUUCUUGUUUAGGAAAAAUAACACUUCUAGAUAUUGGCAACAAUGAGAUUGGUCCCAAAGGCGCCUUUAGCAUCGCUGAGUUUGUUAAGAAAACUAAGUCCUUGCUAUGGCUGAAUCUUUACAUGAAUGACAUUGGCGAUGCGGUGUGGUUAUUGACUAUUGUUGCUUUAUGCUCUGUUGCUUCACUUCUGAAACAUAAAUUAUCAUCUAAGGUGCAUAUAUAUAUCUCA